AUCAUCAAAUUGUGCAAUUGACGCCAUGGCAACGCUCCUGCCGACAUCGCAGUCCACCACGAGUGUGGAGGCGUACGAGGACAUGUUCAAGGAGAUCACGCGGAAAUUGUAUGGCGAGGAGUCCGCACACGGAUUAUAUCCGCAUAACACACAAGUAGCGCAAUUGGCACCCGGUACGCCACUCAUACCGGAAGCUGAUCAACAAAGAUCGUUUACAACGCUUGUCUCGGAUCGCAGUUUGGCGCAACUGGAAUACGAAAAUGCCAUUGACAACACUUUCAAGACGGAGGAUCAUCUUUCGACGGCAUUCGGGUUAGCUGCCUUGAUGCAAAAUGGCUUUCCGCCUCCAGGUGCCAUCCUAAAUCCCGUUAGUUUUGGCACGAAUGGCAACAAACAAAACUCAAAUACGGUCAAUAACUUGCUUUUAGGCAGCAACGACAACGACAAUAAGCUCAAAACGGCAUUUGCGGGCAUUGCAACGUCAAAUACGGAUGACAGAUGGGCAUCCACGGAAGAUCUCCUUGCCUCAUGGAACCCCAGUAAAAUUUCCAACUACACAACAACGCAAAAAAGUAACAUUUUUAAGUCGGUAAAGCCGAAACAGGAACCCCCAUGUACCGUAACAGACACGUCUCUCAUCCAAAAUAUCACCAACAGCCUCAUGAACAGCUCGACAAAUGCGGUGCAGCAAAAUAUCACAAAAAGUUUGGCGGCAUCGCAAGUAAAUGUCCCCAAUUUGACGCCUACUGUCACAAAAAGGUACAGUUGCUCGUCAUGUCCGUACUCCACAGAUCGCAGGGAUUUGUUUACGCGGCACGAAAACAUCCACAAGGAAGAGAAGCCGUUUCAUUGUUACGCUUGCCUGAAGCAAUUUAAUCGAGCGGACCACGUGAAGAAACAUUUUUUGCGGAUGCAUCGCGAUAUGACGUACGACAUUAAUAAAACGCGAAAAACUCCGGCGAAAAAUAAUUUUUAUAACAAUCAAACGACGACACAAAAUCAAAAUAAUCAAGUUAAUCUCAUGCAACAACAACUUUCGGAGCAGUUGAUACAACAACAACAACAACAGCAGCAGCAGCAGCAACAAAUCUCGAUUCAAACAUCAAACGCAACCACAUUAAAUAUCCCCUCGUCAUUCACUUCGGUCGCGCAAAAUAUCCAAUUAAACGCAAUCAAUAACUUGCAGUCGACCAUUGCUCAACAAUCGCUCCAGCAAAAUGUCGUCAACACACUUAAUGGCCUAGCUGUCGUUCAGCAGCAACAGCAUCAAAGUCAAAAUCAAACGCAGCACACGCAACAACAGCAAAAUUUGUUGCCCAAUAACGUCGUCAUCAAGCAAGAAAAGGUGGAAAAAUCGCCGCCCAAGAAGAAAAACGAGAAACGGUUCAUGUGUUGCUACUGUUCGUGGUCCGGCGCCGAUAAUUGGGGCUUAAAACGUCACUUGAACACGCAUACGAAGCCGUUCGUGUGUCUCUUAUGUGACUACAAAGCUGCAAGGUCGGAACGCUUAGCGACACACGUAUUCAAAGUGCACAACAAAAAAGCCUGUAAUAAAUGCACAUUUUUUGCUGACGAUCAAAAUCAACUUGUAGCACAUCAAUUAGAGGCGCAUCAAUUGGCGAUGCAGGCUCUGAACCAUAACAAGGCUUCCGUCGCUCAGGAUUUUCAUAAGGCGGGAGGCCAAUUUGGUAAUUUUUACGCAAAAUUACAUCAGCAGCAAUUACAACAACAACACCACGAAGAUCAAUCCGAAAACGAUGAUGAUGAAGGAAUUGAUAAAAUUAGUUAUUACAACAACAACAACAAUAAUCUAAAACAACUUUCUAACAACAAUGAUAAGGAGAAGGCGACGUCAUGCUCGCCUCCCGCACUACCACUAAGCAAUAAUCAGUCAAAAAGACGUCGCACAACAUCUCUCACCAAUAACGACAAAGAAAACUUUUCCAAUCCACUCAAAUCGAGCGUUUUUGACAAAUUGUACCAGAAAUCCAUCGCCAACUUUAUGCAACAACUCGUACCGUCAGACGACUCCGGUAGCAGCGAUCCCGAAUCCAACACGCGUCUCAUGGAAUUCCUCGAAAAUAAUCCGGAUCUGACAAUUUCUCGUGUCAAAAGCAACAAACCAGCAGCUGUCGACCCACUGACGAGUCCUCGUCACAACCGCAAACAAUCGCAACCCCGUAAAAUCGAUAAAGUCGAAAAAUCGGAUUUCAGCAAGGAAGCGUUGCAAGACAAAUAUCUCAAUCAACUCGUGUCCGAUACGGGACUCAAGUGUCGCGAAUGUGCCAAAGACAAAAAUUGCACACUCGACUUGACGUAUCGCACAAAGGGAGCUUUGCUGUUCCAUCGAUUGUGGCGUCACACGGAACGAAAAGUACGUUGCAAGUACUGCCGAAAACGCUUCGACCGAAAAUAUCGCUUGAAAUUGCACUGGAUGAAGACGCACAAAAACGAGGAUAAGAAACGCAAAAGAGGAAGACCAAAGAAGAGCGGAACAGGCAACAAAAAAGCAACCAAGGGUGGAAAAACUGGAAAGAAAAGACGCAGACGUCGUCGUUUCUUUUAAUUUGUAAUUUUACAAAAAAAAAAUAGCAUAACUGUCAAACAGGAACACGCACAGUUUUGCAAAUAAAUAAAAAAUGUCUUUUGUAAGAAAAAAAAAUAAAUUUUAGAAUCAUAUCAAUAAACACAUAAGGACCAUUUGUUAUCCUUCUAAUUUUUAGUUUGUACAGUUUCA